AUGUCAGAUCAUGCCGCCCACGUGCCGACGGUAGUGGCGACCGUCAAGUUGAUGGCGUCGAUCGCGGCGAUUUACAUGAACAUGAGUCCCAUGAAUGACAUGCCGCGCGUCCGUGCCAAAAUCCCCAUCGACAUGCUGCCCAUCUUGUGCAUGUUCGCCAACGGCAGCCUUUGGACCUUGUACGGUGUCUUGGUGCAGAACUGGUUUCCCCUUGUAGCGACAAACGUCGUGGGCAUGACCCUCAGCGGGUACUACCUUGUCGUGAUUUACACCCACGCAGGUACCUACCGUGGCACGGCGGCCAAGAAGAUCGUUUUCACGCUGGGACUCGUAUCAAGCGCUGUGGUGUAUGCGGUCUACGGCACCCACAUGCAUGUGCACCACGUCGCGACUCACGUCGGGUAUGCUGGGAUUGCCGUGUGCACGUUGAUGGUGGCGUCCCCGUUGUCGUCCGCCGGCACCGUGUUCAAGCACAAGUCCGCGGCGUCGCUUCCGUUCAAGAUGAUCACGGCGGGGAUCGCGUGUUCUUUUCUCUGGCUCUCCUUUGGCGUGCUCAUCCACGACGUGUUUGUGAUUGCACCGAACGCGGUCAACCUCGUCCUAGGUCUCUUCCAGCUAGUUCUCUGCUUUGUGUAUCCAGGGCCACCUGCCAAGACCGAUGCGGACAUCGAGUUGCCAACGAAACCUGCCGCCACCGACUCGACCAAGAAGUAACGCUUGCAACCGCGCUGUUAUAUUCCAGUGGAUCAUCGGAUCUCGUAUUCUUUGAUUAUUACUUUGGCCCACGAAAAGAGUCACAACUACCUCCAGAAUGGCGGCAUUUUCUUAAUACUUCACGUUCGGUGCUGGGUAGUUGGCUAGCAAGAACGUAC